AUGACAGCUGCUGCCUCCAAGGCUCGCCUCACUUGCACCUGCUCAGAGUUCGCAAGAAUCAGGGCAGAGAGAGAGAGAGGAAAGAGGCCCAAGAAAGUCAAGAUUUCUUCCCUCCAACAAACUCUCAACAAGACACCAUCAUCACUCAUCUUAACACUACAAACCAUCAACAUCAUUCAGCAGCAUUCAGCACUCAUCGUGAAUAUGAAUAAUGAAAAAGUGGAGUGGAGUCGGUGGACUACUUUGUCAGACGACGACGACGACGGUGUCGAAGCCGAGAAGCCUGCCAAACGUCCACGGACAAAUGAAAACGCGCAAAACCCGACAGACCCCGACCCCGAUGUCCCAGAUGAAGAGCCCUCCGAGGAUUUACAUGAUGAGGAACCGCCAGAGGCAGAGAUUCCGGGGACAGAAGACACUAUAAGCGACCCAGGAGACCCUGAUACAAAUUUCACGACCGAGGAGGAGCCUGUAGGGAAUGCACCUGACCCGUCACAGGCGGAGAGUUCAGAGGGGGAAGACACUAUAAGCGAUCCAGGAGACCCUGAUACAAAUGUCACGACCGAGGAGGAGCCUGUAGGGAAUGCACCUGACCCGUCACAGGCGGAGAGUCCAGAGGGGGAAGACACUAUAAGCGAUCCGGGAGACCCUGAUACGAGUGCAACAAUCGAGGAGGAGCCUAUCGAAAAUGCACCUGGUCCUAGCUCAUCACAGGCAGCCCAGAACACUGGGAGUGGCCAGGGUAGCAGAGAAGGAAAGGGCAGUGUACCGGUGGCUGUAGCCGGGAGAUGA